AUGUCCACUGUUUUAUCAUCUACCACGAUCACAACAACAUCAGAAGACAUAGUCUUCUCUUCAUCAUCUCUAUCACCAUCAUUUAGUGUUGUAGCUACAUUUGGUGAAUAUUAUGCUCAUAUUCAUGGUCGAAUUGUAUUUCCAUUAACAAUAUUUGGCAUCAUUACAAGUAUUGUAACAAUUGUUAUUCUAAAUCGAAAACAUUUUCGAACACCAACAAAUUUAAUCUUACAGCAUAUCGCUUUUUUCGAUUUAAUCGUUCUUCUAUCAUACAAUAUAUUUUCACUUUAUUUUUAUAUUUUACAUAAACCUAAACCAUUUGUGGGACAAUCACGAUUUUGGCCAAGUUUUGCCCUAGUUCAUUCAAAUGUUGGACUCACAGCACAUUCCAUAGCACUAUGGCUGACAUGUUUAUUGGCCAUUGUUCGAUAUUUUAUUGUCAGUCGUCCAAGUAAGUCAACGUUAAAGUCUCGCACAGUGGUAUUUUUGGUUUGGGUGUGUGUUGUUCUCAUUUGUUCUUUAAUGAUACCAAAUUAUUUAAUAUGGGCAGUAGUUAAGCAACCUGCAUCUACCUAUUAUCCCGAAAUUUAUAGUCUCAAUUCAACAGCAACCGUCUAUUGGUUUAGUAAUACAACAGGAACAAAACUCGAACGUAUUGCAUUUCAUAUUUCGGCUAUUUUUCUUAAAAUACUACCUGUUUUUAUUUUAAUUACAUUCAGUCUUCUACUUAUCCAUUCUAUUCAUAAUGCCCAAAAAAUUCGUCAACGUCUUCAACAACGAACAAAAAAACGUCGUUAUUCAUUAUCACUGGGUAAUUUUACUCGUGAAUUACGUACAACAACAAUGUUAGUAUUUAUUACAAUAUUUACUGUAUUUGUUGAAUUACCACAGGGUUUAUUAUUUAUUGCUAGUGCAAUAGAAGAAAAAUUUUUUUUACUUUAUAGUUUAUUAGGUGAUAUUUGGGAUAUAUCAAGUAUAGGAUCGAGUUUUAUUACAUUUAUUAUGUAUUGUUCAAUGAGUCAACAAUUUCGUUUAGAAAUGUUCACCCUUAUAUUACCACGAUAUUGUCAUCAUCUAUUUCUUCCACAAAAGCAAACAACAAAUAAUUGUGAAACAACAAACAUAACAACAAGACAAAAUCACAAUAAUAAUCAACCUCAUACAACAGAACAAGAAAACAUAAUUAUUCUAUCUUAUUCAGUUAGUUUAAAAAAAAUUAAAAGUCGAAAAAGUUACAAUGUUAGUAUAAAUAAUAAUCAUAAUAAUGAUGAAAAAUAUGAUUUGUGA